UUGUGAGCCAGGAAGGACCGCCUCUUCCGGUCUUACAGUUACUCUCCGCUUGGGCUCCAUGGCUUCGCUGGUUCCUGAGUGGCAUCGUCUACUGGCCCUCUCCUGGGCCUGUUUGGUUAGGCAGACCCCUCAUCUCAGAGAUCAGAAACAGACGAGCCCUUCUUUGUCUUGCAAACUGACUACAGUGCCCGGUAGAGGAAGCGUUCAAGAGUUUUCCAGCAUUACACCCCAAAAGUAUGUGCAGGAACCAGAAAACAGGACGCGUCUUGUUCAGUGUCUUCAUGGGGAACAGAAGCCUUGUGUGGAUCCUGAGUCCUUGGAGCCUGCAAAGGUCAUCCGUUCCCUCCAGGACAUGGGUUUUGCUGAAGCCCACAUUAACAGCCUGUGUAGUAUACAGCCAAGUGUCCAUCCUCAACAGUUGCUGGACAUAGUUUCAGAACUCCUACUCUUGGGGUUGAACCCAGAGCCUGUAUUUAAUGCCUUGAAGAAAAACCCCCAGUUGCUGAAACUGUCUAACAUGCAGAUGAAGAGGCGUUCCAGUUACCUUCGGAAGCUUGGCCUUGGAGAAGGGAAACUGAGGCGGGUGCUGUCCGUUUGCCCUGAGGUUUUCACCAUGCAUCAGCGGGACAUUGACCGAGUUGUGAAGGUCCUCAGGGAGAAGUGCUUGUUCACGGCACAGCACAUCACAGACGUUCUGCACAGAUGCCCCACUGUUUUGCAGGAGGACCCCAACGAGCUAGAAUACAAAUUCCAGUAUGCAUAUUUCAGGAUGGGACUCACACACCUAGACAUAGUCAGGACGGAUUUCUUACAGUAUUCAAUAACCAAGAUCAAGCAGAGACACAUUUACCUGGAGCGCCUUGGACGGUACCAGACCCCUGAUAAGAAGGGGCAGACACAGAUCCCUAAUCCCUCACUGAAGAACAUUCUCAGAGUUUCUGAAGCUGAGUUUUUGGCCAGGACAGCCUGUUCCUCUGUUGAGGAGUUUCAAGUUUUUAAAAAACUCUUGGAUCAAGAGGAGGAGGAGUCUGAGAGCCACGCAUCUGAGGAGGAAGAGGAGGAGGAGGAGGAGGAGCUACUGUGACACAGCACUGGGGUGUCAGAGGUCAUUCUCAUAUUCUCGAAGCGCUGGGGAACUUCACCUGGAUCUUCUCAAGCACUUUUGAUCCCAACACUGGUGUUUUGAUGGGGGAAAACAACCUGUAAUGACCCAUUGGAGAGACAGGUAGAUAAACCAAACCAAAUGAGGGAUGCUUUGUUGUGGGUUCUUUGGGAGGCCCUACUCCAUCCUAAAUAAAAGACUCGGCUGUCAAAAUCCAGGGAGUGCAACCCUUCCAGGUUGGUGUCUUUCUCUCUGUUAAAAUAAGUUGUGCUAGUUCCAAAACCAUGUGGAGAGAGAGGUGCCUUUCGGCUCAGGAGUACUUUGUAUGUCUAGGUAGUAGUAAAGAUAAAAUCAUGAACUUGUAACAUGAGGGUUAGUAUGUCAUAGCACUUUAUUUAAUGAAAACAAGUAGCAGGUUUCCCACACAAUAGGCAGCUUCUAAAUCCGACACCAUUUCCAGCCUUCUGACAUGUUGAGUGUACAGCAGAGUGAGAGGCAGUUGGUUAAGUUAGUAACAUGUCCUUUAGUCAUACAGUUGUCAGACUAGCAAAAUGCUUCUCUGUCAGUUGCUGACCCUUCCUGCUUGGGCAAGUUGGCCUUCAUGUUGGUUCCUGGCUGGUUGCCACUUCAAGGCCUCCUAUCUCUCUGGCUCUGUAGACUGCUAAGAGUGAGCUGCUCAGAGACCAGCACUGGGGAGCACUGGGCAGUGUGGAGUGUGUGCAGCGGAGCCAUGUGAUGUACUGGGACUAGGAUGAAGGUGAGCUCGAGGAGAGGCCUGCUUUGGUGGAGCUCAGGCUCAGAGGGCCAGAGAACUGAGGCCUCUUGGAAAGUUGUCUGUGCCUCUAUCUCAGGAAACUGCACAGGGUGAUGCAGAAAGCUUUUUGGUUAUAGGACCACAGUCAGGAGUGCUUGGUAGCAUUUUUUUCCCCAUUUGGUGACACUUAACAGUCACAUGAAUCCCAGUGUGGGCCUUGUGUUUAGACUGAAUCCAGUGCUUACGUGAGGAUGACCUUGAUCCUCCAGACAUCUGACAAUCUUUGGGGAUGUGUGUGUGUGUGUGUCAUGGCCUCAGGAUCUUGUGGUCAGAGCCAGGGAUGCUGUAAAAUAUUGUACAUUGCACCGCACAUGAAUAAUUAGGCCCACAAAGCAAUGCCAAAGCUGAGAAACUGCUCAAAGACCUGGCCCACAAAAGAACUGUGACUACAGCUAAUGUGGAUUGUAAAUGGACCUGAUGUAUUCAUUUCUGUCCAAAGUAGAGAUACUGCUGGAUCUGAGGUGCAUUUUGUGAGGAAUCAGCACCAAGGUGAGGCAGCUUUUGACUUACCUGGAACCUGACUGCAAAGAGGAGGGUGUUUACAAAGAAAAGCAGUCAUUCCAAGAUUCCUCCCCCCACCCCUACCCUCCACACACAGAGUUCUAUGUAAGGCAAGCUCAUUCCUGGCAAGGGUGUGUCCUUGCCUGUUGGACUCUCCACAGAAAGCAGGACGCAGCAAGCCAUCUUCUCUACCCCACAUCCCAUAGGCAGUAGAGAAGGGGAACGAAUGCCUUCUGCCUGUUCUUGGCUGUGGACAAAGCUGUUUGAGAACAAUGAUCCGUUCUUUGCUGCUUACUCUUCCCAUUUUGUGGCCUUGUUGUGAUCGCCACUCUCCUCCCUGAAUGUAGGGUAUGUUUGGCCUUGGGCUCUGUCAGAACUGACUAGAAUCCUAACUGAGCUCAGUUAGGGAACCUACUUAUCUUCAGUUUGAUUAGCAAAUGGUGAGCCCAACAACUCACGAUUACUUCUUCAGUCGGACACAAAAAUACAUCUCCACCUUGUCAGUUUGCUGAUUCCACUGGGACGUUUCCCAAGUGGACACUGACUGUUUUGAGGGAUUUAAUUAUUCUGUGUAAGAAAGCAGAGACAGCAUGUUUGGAAUGACGUAUACUAAUUCCUCAGCACCCGCAAGUCUUUCUCCACUCCAGUUGGAAGGAUUGCCCGGCAGCGCCACACUCAGCAGGCUGGCUCCGACUGGAGAUGGGAAUGUGGCAGCAUCGGCUUGGGGGUGAGAGCCCUGAGGUAUAGUACGAAGAUCCCAUCUACGUUUCCAGUGGCGCCACUUGAUCUUGCUGUUCACUGUUAACACUGUAGCUUAUGCGGUCUCCAGAUCUCUAGUGGGUAUCUAAGAUACAGUAGUGAGUUUUUUAUGUGACUGCCCCUCCUUGAAAAAGGAAAAAAAAAAAAA